AUAAUCAUAAUAAACGCGUGCGCUCGCACGCACGUGUGUAUAAGCGAAUACGUACGAGCGACAUAUCGAGCAUCGUGGCACCGUGUACUGUUCGCAUAUAGAGGUUAUUUAAUAUUGAUAGUUUUCUCUAUCGCGUCUCUCUCGACAAAUAUCAAUUUUAUAAUUGAAAAUAGGUGUGCAGACAUGUCUUUCCGCGUGGUGCGUACCAGCAAGUUCCGCCACGUGUACGGAACUUCUUUGAAACGUGAACAAUGUUACGACAAUAUUAGAGUGUCCAAAUCAUCGUGGGACUCGACGUUUUGCGCCGUGAAUCCCAAAUUUCUCGCUAUUAUCGUAGAAUCGGCGGGUGGCGGUGCCUUUAUCGUCUUACCACACAAUAAGAUAGGAAGGAUACCAGCAGACUAUCCUUUAGUAGGUGGACACAAAGGACCUGUGUUAGAUAUUGCAUGGUGUCCUCAUAACGAUAAUGUCAUAGCUUCUGGUUCUGAAGAUUGUGUUGUCAAAAUAUGGCAAAUACCUGAUGGAGGUAUUUCUAGGACAUUAACCGAAUCGAUAGUAGAUCUGCAACUACACCAACGUAGAGUUGGUUUAGUGCUAUGGCAUCCAUCCGCAUUAAAUGUCUUGCUGACAGCUGGUUCGGACAAUCUUGUUAUUAUCUGGAAUGUUGGUACAGGAGAAGCCUUAGUACGCAUUGACUCUCAUCCAGAUGUGGUUUAUUCCGCAUGUUGGAACUGGGAUGGAUCUCGAUUAGUUACUACUUGUAAAGAUAAAAAAAUUAGGAUCUUGGACCCGAGGUCAGGUGAAAUAUUAGAAGAAGCCAUAGCUCACGAAGGAAGCAAAGCAACUCGUGCCAUCUUUCUAAGGGGUGGCUUGAUCUUCACGACAGGUUUUAGUAAAAUGUCAGAAAGACAAUAUUCUUUGCGAGCUCCUGACAUGUUGGGCGAGCCAAUAGUUAUGGUAGAAUUAGAUACGAGCAACGGGGUUAUGUUCCCUCUAUAUGAUCCUGAUACAAAUUUAGUAUAUUUAUGUGGCAAAGGUGAUUCUGUGAUUCGAUAUUUUGAAAUUACACCCGAACCGCCCUUUGUUCACUACAUCAAUACUUUUCAAACUCCUGAUCCUCAACGAGGUAUAGGAAUGAUGCCAAAACGAGGCUGUGAUGUUAAUAGCUGUGAAAUAACCAGAUUCUAUCGAUUAAAUAAUUCGGGCUUUUGCCAAGUGAUAUCUAUGACAGUGCCAAGGAAGUCUGAGCUUUUUCAAGAAGACUUGUACCCCGAUACUCCCGGUGACACAGCUGCAAUCUCAGCGGAAGAAUGGCAAUCUGGCACCGAUGCAGAGCCUAUAUUGAUAUCCCUAAGAGACGGUUAUCAGCCGUCUGCUUCCAAAAAUGAACUUAAAGUACAAAAGAAAUCUAAUAUAUUGAGUAAAGGAGCCAAGGUCGCGUCUAAUGCCGCGCAAGAUAUUGCGCAAGUUUCGCCAGGAGCUUGUGAAGAAUUAUUGAGAGAAUGCAGAGAAGAGAUAAGAAAAUUAAAAGCCGUAAUCGUCAAGCACGAAGGAAGAAUACGAGUGUUGGAAUCGGCGGUCGCUCUUCAAAUGAAAGAGGGAGAUGGCAAAGAAACGCUCGCUUCCGACGAAGUAUAAAGAUCUCCAGAUUUUGUUUUUUGACAAGAUUCCGGUGUGACAUUGCAUCUCUAAUGUAAAAACGUAUUUUUCACUAGAAUCACUAAUAUCUUAUAAUAAGAACGAUCGUAUAUUUUGAUAUAACAACUUGUGUAAAUAGUAGGUUUUAGCAAUGUCGUGUGUCUUGACUCUCUGCAACAAUCUUUGCUAUUUAUUGUACAUCCACAUUCAUCGUACAUUCUUUGCAUUUGUAUUAUGUUUACAUGCGUUUUAUUAUUUAAAAUUUAUAUAUAUAUAUAAUUUUAGAGGUGUUUGCCAUACAUGAUAAUGUAUGUCCCUAGAAUUAAGUUUUUGCUCCAUACUAUGAUAUAACAUACGAGACUUUUAUGUAUAUGAACCUUUGUACGAAUACUGUUUUGUGACGUACGAGAGUGCCUAACUUGUACAGAUAUUUGAUGUUAAAUAACAAAGAGUAUUAUAUUUUGUUUCGACACGUGAUUUA